AUGACGUCCACACAACCCAACUCCAAAGGCGUCGCAGUCGUCACUGGAUCCGCGCAAGGAAUCGGACGCAGCAUCGCAAUACGCCUCGCAAGAGAUGGUUAUGACGUCGUGAUCAACGAUUUGGAAAGCAACAAAGAGAAUUUGGAGGAAGUCAAGAAGGAAAUCACUGCCGAUUUCCCAGAGAGCAGAGUGUUGACUGUCCUUGGGAAUGUCAGCGUCGAGGAGGAUGUCAAAGGUCUGGUUGAGAGUGCAGUUAAAGAGUUUGGCAGCUUGAAUGUUUUUGUUGCGAACGCAGGCAUUUGCAAAUCAAAACCACUCUUGGAAACAACAUCCGAUGACUUUGAGUCUGUGCUUUCAGUCAACGUCAAAGGCACCUUCUACAGCUACAAAUAUGCAGCGCAACAGAUGAUAGCUCAAGGUGAGGGUGGGCGAAUUAUCGGUGCAAGCUCCCUUGCGGGAAAGAAAGGCAGGUCAACAUAUGCCGCUUACUGCGCAUCCAAGUUUGCUAUCCGAGGGCUGACGCAAUCCGCAGCCAUUGAACUUGGUCGCAACGGAAUCACGGUGAACGCAUAUGCGCCAGGAACAAUCCAAACAGCAAUGCUUGCUGGAUUGGCUGGAUCAGCUGAUUAUAACGACGUUUACGAUGAGUUCAAACGGUUGUCAUCAGUAGGUGACCUCGGAACUACCCAGGACGUUUCAAACCUUGUUUCAUUCCUGGCAACCCCGGAAGCACGUUUCAUUACAGGCCAAACAAUAACGAUCGACGGCGGUAUCUUCUUUGAUUGA